AUGGGCCUCGCAGCUAUCAUCGAAAAUCUCAACCGGUCUAUUGCCAGGACUACCUUCGGCAGGGUCUUCCGACUAGAGGGCAGCGGCCAUGAGAGGGAGAUCAAAGGAGCCAAGUUCUCCAUUGAACUUGGUGCUGGCUUCACAACCUUCAUGACCAUGUGCUACAUCAUUGCAGUCAAUGCCUCCAUCAUCUCCCAAACAGGAGGCACUUGCGUAUGUAAUGGCGGGGAAGCAGAUCCUAUCUGCAAGGACAAUGUGGAAUACACCGUCUGUGUCCAAGGUAUUCAACGUGAUCUGGUUACGGCUACCGCUGCCAUUGCCUCACUCUCCUCGUUCACUUUUGGCUUCUUGACCAACUUGCCUGUUUGUCUCGCACCUGGUAUGGGUUUGAAUGCCUACUUUACGUACCAAGUCGUCGGCUUCCACGGCUCAGGCACUGUCCCGUACAGGCUUGCACUCACUGCUGUCUUCGUCGAGGGACUUAUCUUUGUGUUCCUCGCUCUGACAGGCAUGCGUCAAUGGCUCGUGAAGCUUGUCCCAUCCUCGCUCAAGAUUGCUGCCACUUCGGGCAUUGGACUCUUCCUAGCACUUAUUGGUUUGUCCUCCACAGGAGGAGUCGGACUCAUCACGGGCUCAGCAAAUCAUCCUACCGACCUUGGUGGAUGCCCUGCUCAGUACAUGGAUGAGUUUGGUGCCUGCACCAGCCACAAGAUGCUGAGUUCAACAGUAUGGAUAGGUAUUUGCUGCGGCGGUUUCCUUAGCGCCAUCUUGAUGAUGUACAAAGUUCGGGGAGCCAUCUUCUAUGGUAUUGCGAUUGUCUCGAUCAUGUCAUGGCCUCGCAACUCUUCCUUCACAUAUUUCCCCCAUACACCUGAAGGCGACGAUCGUUUUGACUUUUUCAAGAAUGUCGUUGGCUUCCAUGCGAUCCAAGACACCCUCGUCGCUCAAGAGUGGGACCUUUCCGGCACUACUGGUGCUCAUUUUGCCCUGGCUCUUUUCACUUUCUUAUAUGUUGACAUUCUUGACGCCACUGGCACACUAUAUUCCAUGGCCCGAUUUGCAGGAGUUGUUGAUCCCACUGAUGGCUCCUUCCCCCGCUCAACAGUUGCUUUCUGCACAGACGCGAUAUGCAUUUCGAUCGCUUCCCUAUUUGGAUCCUCUCCCGUUACCGCGUUCGUUGAGUCGGGCGCAGGCAUCGCUGAGGGUGGACGAACUGGCUUGACAGCUAUGACCACCGGCCUCCUCUUCUUUGUCUCGCUGUUCUUCGCUCCUAUAUUCAGCAACAUCCCUACCUGGGCUACAGGGUGUGCAUUGGUGUUGAUUGGUUGCCUCAUGCUUCGUUCCAUGGUUGAAGUCAACUGGGCCUAUGCAGGAGAUGCUCUUCCUGCCGCCGUUACACUCCUUUUCAUUCCUUUCAGCUAUUCGGUUGCCUACGGCCUCAUCGCGUAA